AGGCAAGCGGCGCGGCGUUUCGAAGCUUGCGCUCACACAGUGAAAUGGGUGAGAGCGACAGAGAGAGAGGAAAACGAGAGAGCGAUUUAGGGGAUCGAUAGCCUGCCACUGGUUAGCUCUGUUAGCCGUGGGACCCACCGGACAAGCAGACUGACAUCCUGGGUAAAAAGGAGAACCAGCGCUCAGAAGCUGUUUAGGCUACUGAGCGCGAGCUGCUGAUGUCUAGGUCUUCCCCGCCCUAGACCGGGUCAGAAGCUGUUCUACCAGGGACAGUCUACGAUCAGAUGAUCAGGACCAGAGCCGUUCUCUGUGAUUCCUCAUCGGUGUUUACUCCUCUCCUCCCGCCACCGAGACCUCUUCCUUAUUCUUUCCGCUGAUGAUAACCCUCCUUAUAUCUACCAUCUGCACAGGACGGACUGGAAACAAACACAGAAGGCACCGACUGUCUUCUGUCAGUAACCGAUCUGGUUUUGCGCGAUCAGAUUCGGUACCGGACUGUGUCCUAUAGACUAUAAGGGACGAAGAGGGGUGUUUUUAACAUUACCGUGUGUGUGUGUGUGUGUGUGUGUGUGUGUGUGUGUGUGUGUGUGUGUGUGUGUGUGUGUGUGUGUGUGUGUGUGUGUGUGUGUGUGUAUCUGUGACCAUGUGUACAUUUCAGAGUCUGAGUGGUUGAAUGGAUUCUUGGUAUGUAGGAUCACCCAUCUAAUAUGGUGACUAGCUAGAACUAACAGACAGACAGACAGACAGACAGACAGACAGACAGACAGACAGACAGACAGACAGACAGACAGACAGACAGACAGACAGACAGACAGACAGACAGACAGACAGACAGACAGACAGACAGACAGACAGACAGACAGACAGACAGACCAUCUGCACACACACACCACCAUGCCAGUGUUCCGUGGGUUGCUGAAGGUGCGUGUGUGUGAGGCGGUGGAUUUGAAGCCCACCCCCUGGGCACUCCGCCAUGCGGGGGGGAAGAACUCUUCCUCAUUCCUCCUGGAUCCCUACCUCACCCUCAACCUGGACCAGACGCACCUGGGACAGACCUGCACCAAGAACAGGACCAACUCCCCGGCAUGGAACCAUGACUUUACAGCCCAGAUGACGGGGGGGAGGACAUUGGAGAUUUCAGUGUUCCAUGAUGCACCAAUUGGAUAUGACGACUUUGUGGCUAACUGCACCAUACAGCUGGAGGACAUUCUGCAGAACAGCAGCACACACUAUCAGGCCUGGGUUGAUUUAGAACCAGAGGGGAAGGUCUAUGUAAUUAUCGAUUUGUCAGGAACUUCUGCUGAAGCCUCAGCUGCCAAUGAGAAUGAGGAGCGUGUGUUCCGAGAGCGGAUUGGUCCUCGGCGGCGGCAGGGGGCCGUCCGGAGGCGUGUCCACCAGGUUAACGGACACAAGUUCAUGGCCACGUAUCUACGGCAACCUACCUACUGCUCACACUGCCGAGACUUCAUCUGGGGAGUGCUGGGAAAGCAGGGUUAUCAAUGCCAGAUGUGCACAUGCGUGGUCCACAAGCGCUGCCAUGAGCACAUCAUCACCAAGUGUGCCGGGAUGAAGAAGCAGGAGGAUACACCAGAGGAGGUUGGUGCCCAGAGGUUUAGUGUCAACAUGCCUCAUAAGUUCAGAAACCACAACUACAAGGCCCCCACCUUCUGUGACCAUUGUGGAUCUCUACUAUGGGGACUGAUGAGGCAGGGCCUGCAAUGCAAGGUGUGUAAGAUGAAUGUACACAAGAGGUGUGAGGCCAACGUAGCUCCCAACUGCGGUGUGGAUGCCAAAGGCAUCGCCAAAGUCCUGGCGGAAAUGGGAGUCACUCCUGAAAAGAUUUCCACUACUGCACAGCGCAGGAAAAAGUUACCACCAGAGAUAGACUCCCAGUCUCCUUCAGAACUCUCAGACGAGCUUCCCACCACCUCCCCCUCACAGCACGAGCUGGCUGAGUUGGAGCGGCUACAAUGGGGGAUGUCGUUAGAGAUGCGAGGCUCUUCCUCCUCCUCCGGUUCCUCCUCUACCUCGCUGGACAACGGAGCAGCAAAGAGGACUCUCAAAGACUUCAGCUUCAUCAAGGUCUUGGGGAAAGGAAGCUUUGGAAAGGUGAUGUUAGCAGAGCUGAAAGGCAGUGAGGAGGUGUUUGCAGUGAAGGUGUUGAAGAAGGAUGUGAUCCAGCAGGAUGACGAUGUGGACUGCACCCUGACAGAGAAACGCAUCCUGGCCCUGGCACGCACACACCCCUACCUCUGUCAGCUCUACUGCUGCUUCCAGACCCGGGACCGUCUGUUCUUCGUGAUGGAGUACGUGAACGGAGGAGACCUGAUGUUUCAGAUCCAACACUCCAGGAAGUUUGACGAGACUCACUCUUGCUUCUAUGCUGCUGAAGUCACCUCCGCACUCAUGUUCCUGCAUCACAACGGGGUCAUAUACAGGUAACCUCUGCCCUCUAACCACAGUCCACAUGUUCCUGCAUCACAACGGGGUCAUAUACAGGUAACCUCUGCCCUCUAACCACAGUCCACAUGUUCCUGCAUCACAACGGGGUCAUAUACAGGUAACCUCUGCCCUCUAACCACAGUCCACAUGUUCCUGCAUCACAACGGGGUCAUAUACAGGUAACCUCUGCCCUCUAACCACAGUCCACAUGUUCCAGCACCACAUCAGAAUUAUAUAGUGCUUGCUGCUUUUGUUGAGCCAGUGUUACAGGUAACCAUGAUUCUCUCUCUCUCUCUCUCUCUCUCUCUCUCUCUCUCUCUCUCUCU